AUAGUUCUUCACAGUUGUUCCUUACUAGUGGUUUACUGACCUUGGUUUAAUUUUAUUUUACUUAACUCUAAUAUUUCGUUCUUCAUAGACUCUAUAUCAAGUGGUAUGAUUAUGAUUGUUAAUUCAGUUUCCUUUUUAGUGCAUUUAUAUUCUACGUCCUACAUGAAAGGGGAUCCUCAUACGCCUAGAUUUAUGGGGUAUUUGUCUCUUUUCACUUUUUUUAUGCUUAUUUUAGUGUCUUCACAAAACUAUAUUCAAUUGUUUAUAGGAUGAGAAGGGGUGGGCUUGUGUUCUUACCUUUUAGUAAAUUUCUGGUAUAGUAGAAUUCAAGCAAAUAAGGCAGCUAUUAAAGCUAUGUUAGUAAAUAGGGUUGGUGAUGCAGCCUUAAUACUGGGAAUAAUUUUUAUAUGGACUUACUUUGGGUCUGUAAAUUUUUUGUCUGUAUUACCAACACAAGAAUUUAAAUAUUUUAAUAUUAUACCUUGCUUAUUAUUAGUUGGAGCUAUAGGAAAAUCAGCUCAAAUAGGAUUACAUAUGUGGUUACCAGAUGCUAUGGAAGGACCUACUCCAGUUUCAGCACUAAUUCAUGCAGCAACCAUGGUAACUGCGGGUGUCUAUUUGAUAAUUAGGUCUUCCCCUUUAUUUGAAUCUUCUCCUUUGGCUUUAAUAUUAACAGUAAUUGUUGGCUCGUUGACAGCUUUAUUUGCUGCUUCAAUAGGUUUAGCUCAAAAUGACAUAAAAAAAAUUAUAGCAUAUUCUACUUGUAGCCAAUUGGGUUUUAUGGUUUUAUCUUGCGGUAUUUCCUAUUACUCAUUAGCUUUGUUUCAUUUAAUAAAUCAUGCCUUUUUUAAAGCUUUAUUAUUCUUAGCUGCAGGAUCGGUUAUACAUUCAUUUUUAGAUGAACAGGAUAUAAGAAAAAUGGGUGGUAUAAAUAUUGUUCAACCCUUAUCUUAUGUAUUUAUACUUAUUGGGUCUUUAUCUUUAGCAGGAUUUCCUUUCCUAUCUGGAUAUUAUUCUAAAGAUUUACUUCUAGAAAUAACAUCGAAAGAAUAUUAUAUAAUAUUUGGAGCAUGAAUGGGACUAACGGCUACUUUACUUACAGCUUUUUACUCGUUUAAACUUAUUACUAGAAGUUUUUUAUCUUUCCAAAACUCCCCUAAGAUAUACUGAAAAUUUUCUCAUGAAAAUGAUUGGUUUCUAUUAAUUCCUUUAAUAAUUCUUUCUAUAGGAAGUAUUUUUUCUGGGUUUAUAUUGUAUUAUUCCACUGUUAAUAAUAUUAUUCAUCCAACAUUAUUUGUAAUAAACAAACUGUUACCUUUAAUUCUAUCUGUUACAGGUAUUGUUAUGGGUAUAAGUCUUUAUCAAAUCACUAAAAAGUUUUGAACAGUCUUCUUAAACUCUAACCUCAAAAAAAUCUAUCAAUUUUUAUCAAGUGCAUGGGAUUUUGAUAAAAUAGUUUCACAUAUAGUAGUUAUUCCUAUUUGAAAAUUUGGGUACAAUGUUACUUUUAAAACAUUUGAUGCAGGGAUUUUAGAGAAAUUAGGACCUUGGGGUUCUUCAAAAACAUUUAUAAAGUUAUCAAAAAACAUUUCUUUGGUUCAAUCAGGGUAUUUAUUUAAUUAUGCAAUGUUGAUAUUAUUGUUUUGUUCUCUGUUUAUUAUUUUCAAUUAA